CUCCAAGCCAUGCGGAGGUCGCCGGUGGAUCACGAGCCUAGAUGUGGAGCCCUAUUUACUAUAGCUUCUCCUCUUUCUUCGUUAUCGCGACACUGUAUCUAUUAGUCCAUCUCAGCUCUUCAAUUACCAUAUCUCUUGAGACCGAUCGAUUGCCCCACCCAAGGAAUUUCUCCCAGUGUCUUGCCGCCACGGCUGAAUCUAUCUUCGAGUCCACCACCGAUCAUAGCCUCCUUACUCCCACAUCUUCAUACCCGACUGCUCACUGUCUAACGACACUCUUAAGUGGUCAUUACCCCUCGAGUCUCCGUUAACAACAGCCACAAUCAUGACUAGCGGACUCGAGACACCCCCCUCGCAAUGCGUAGGCCCUGAGUACCGCCCAGCU